AUGGUUGCAGGUUUUAGGCAGCAUGAGAAAUUGAUCAUCUUGUAGCCAUUCUUCCUGUGUCUCUGUUUCCUGCUGGGUCGGAUUGUGUACAUUAUUGUGAAGGCAGUAAGAAUCUGCAUGCAGCUACAAGCUGAUGAGAAUGAAGAGUUACACUCCCAUCAAUUCAGAUAUGUACAGACUCUACUGAAAUGCCCUCCUAAAUGGCCAGAAGAAAAGAGUUGGUUCCGGAGAAAAAUGUAUGACUGGGAUCCUCAUUUCAAAUUUCCUAACAGAAUGAUUGGUACUUCAAUUAUCUCUCUGACUGGCUUGUACACGAUGACCCUAGCAGACUAUGGCUUGAGUGACUACACCUUUGAUAAGUUAGAUGCACCGAGGGACUCGCUUGCAGAGAUAGCAUUCUCCUGAAACCAAACAGACAACAUCUUCACAUCCCUCCUACCCGGGCUGAAUGAGUUCAGCUAUGUUGCACGAAGUAAGAUACUUUACUUUGCUUGUCUUAUCAAUAAUAGAUAGACAGACAGACAGACAGACAGACAGACUUAAAAGUGUUUCAAGUUUAAUUUAUUUGAAAUGUGUUUUUUCUCUAGAUCUUUUCCUCCAGAGAAGUUCCAUAAGCCAAUACCGGCAGUAAGUGUGGCAGCUAUAAUGAGUUACUCAGGCUGGCAGAUUGCCUUCACACUUUGGGGAUUUCUGAUAGUUCAAUUUCUAUUUGCUUUGCUUUUUGUGUAUGGAGUGGUUGUUUUACCAAUCCAGCAGAAGGGACAUUUUCUCAGCUGGCUUACUAGUGUAGACAUAAUUAUGCUGACAAUAUUCAGUAUUGUGCUGGUUCAAAUGUUCUUCUUGCAAGAAAAACUAUCACCUGAGAAGAAAGAGAAGCCCCUUGCACUCAACAACAGAAAGGUGUUCCACUGCUUUAACUGCUUUUUCGUCUUCUAUAAUGUGAUAAUGGGGUUGAGCAAUUGCAUUUUACACCUAUUAAGCAGGGCAAUUGUUGGAACAUAGCUGGUCUCGCGAAUUGAUUGGACCAUCAUGCAGCGGGGCUAUGAGUCCAUGGAUCCAGGUGGUGAUUUGCAUGAAGAAUGUGAAUCGGCAAAAACAAAAGAAGAAUGUGAAAGUGGACUCUGG